GGUUACUACAAACUGUCAACAACAAACAAGUUGACCCAAGUAAAAUCAAAUAAAUAUCUUACAUUGAUACCGCCCAACGUCCCAACUCCCAAGCCCCUAUAUUAGAAUGGUCCUACUGACCAUACUAAAAAAAUUGAAACAAAAGGAGAAGGAAAUGCGACUCCUAAUGCUUGGUCUCGACAAUGCAGGCAAAACGACAAUACUGAAAAAAUUCAAUGGUGAAGACGUCCACACCAUUUCACCUACUCUAGGCUUCAACAUAAAGACACUGGAGCACCAGAAUUACCAGCUCAAUAUAUGGGAUGUUGGAGGGCAAAAGUCUUUACGGUCCUAUUGGCGAAACUACUUUGAAAGUACAGAUGGUCUUGUUUGGGUUGUAGAUAGUAUUGACAGAAGAAGGAUGGAAGACUGUACCAAAGAACUACAUUCUUUACUUCAAGAAGAAUUUGCCUUUCUACAGAGAUUAUCAGGUGCCACAUUACUUGUUUUUGCCAACAAGCAGGAUCUGCCUGGAGCAAUGACCGCUGACGAAAUCAAGGAGGCACUGAAUCUCGAAAGCAUUGAGACUCAUCAUUGGCGUAUCGUCGGUUGCAGCGCCAUGAACGGAGAUAAUUUGCUAGCAGGAAUUGACUGGCUAGUUGAAGAUAUUGGAGCACGAAUAUUUACAUUAGAGUAAUGUGUAUUUCUCUCUCUAAAAGUCAGUACGGGUUUUGCGGGAGGUGUGGAAGGACAAAAAGUUGUUGAGGUCGUCUUCAUUUAUAAUGUACAAUCGAUGAAUAAAAGACAGACCAUGAAAAGGAGGCAACAAAACCGCA